GGCACUGGUGACUCCUCACUUAGAGUAUUAUGAGCAGAUUUGGUUGCCAUAUUUAAGAAAGGACGUGCUGACAUUGGAGAGGUUCAGAGAACAUUCCAGGGAUGAAAAACUUAUCAUGUGAGGAGCAAUUGAUGCCACUGGGCCUUUCAACAUUAUGUGCCGUGUUGUACAAUGUAGAUAAUCUUGUGACCAUGGUUGUUUUUGGCAGGUUACUGGUGCCUUAAAACCAGUCACUUCGGGCAGAUGGGCUCGUCAGCUGUGGUUGGCAGCUCAUCUGGGAGAAGGAAAUCUCUGAUCUCAAACUUCACUGCCUUGCGCUAAACACACUCAUGGGGAAGGCUUCGGGAGUAAACCAUGAGAAAUAAUCCAGAAAUGCUUGUUUUGAAUUUAACGCUGACUAGCAACUUCUGCGAUGCACUGAUGCCACAUUGUAUCGGUGGUUUCUUUUGAUUCAUCAGCUGCAUGGAGAGGGGGAGCCUGCUGCAUGGGCAACAGCUUGCUCUCCGUAUCGUACUGCCCUGGCUUGCGUAUAAAAAUAGACAACUAGACAAUAUCCAUGGUCGAUCCCAACCAACGGAGAGCCUUAGGAAAGGUAUGAAUGAUUUCUCUUUAAUUGCAGGUGUGAUUUGUAAUCAGGCCAAAUGUUAAGAAGGUGGGGGUUGAGGAGGGGAAGGAGCGCUAGCUAGAGGGUGAGAGGUGAAGCUAGGUGAGUGGAGGGGGGAGAAAAGUGAGAAGCUGGGAGGUAAUAGGUGGAAAACGUAAAGGGCUGAAGAAGGAAUUUGAUAGGUAAGGAGAGUGUACCAUGGGACAAAGGGAAGGAGGAGGAGCACCAGGGACAGGUGAUAUGUAGGGUAAGAGAUGAGCCAGAGUGGGAAUGGAAGAAAAGGGAAGGUGGAGCGGGGUUCACCAGAUGUUAGAGAAAUCGACAUUCAUGCCAUCAGGUUGGAGGCUACGCAGUCAGAAUAUGAGGUGUUGCUCCUUCAACCUGAGAGUGGCCUCAUCAUGGCAGUAGAGGAAGCCAUGGACCAACAUGUUGGAAUGGGGAUUGGAAUUAAAAUGGUUGGCCACUGGGAAAUCCUGCUUGUUGCAGAUGGAACAAAGGUGCUUGACAGAGCAGUACCCCAGUCUAUGUCAGGUCUCACCAGUGCGGAGAAGGAUGCAGGGUCCCCUCCCAAACAAUACAUCAGCCCCUAAUGGCUGCAUGGGGAAAAGCAGUCACCCACCUCUUUAGAGAAUGUGGAUUUGCUCUGAGAUAUGGAGAUAGAUGCAAGGACUGUGUCCCAUUCAUCCACAGCAGCUGGUUCAUUGAACUUAGAACGUAGGGCAUUACAGGCCCUUCGACCCACAAUGUUGUGCCGACCAUUAACCUACUCUAGAAACUGCCUGAAGUUACCCUACCACAUAGUCCUCUACUUUUCUAAGCUCCAUGUACCUAUCUAAGAGUCUCUUAAAAGACCUUAUUGUAUCCACCUCUACAACCAUUGCUGGUGGUGCAUUUCAUGCACCCACCACACUCCUUAUGAAAAACUUACCACUAACAUCCCCUCUGUACCUACUUUCAAGCACCUUAAAACUAUGUCCCUCAUUUUAGCUAUUUCAGGCCUUGGCAAAAGCCUCUGGCUAUCCACACGAUCAAUGCCUCUCAUCAUCUUAUAUACCUCUAACAGGUCACCUCUUAUCCAAGGAGAAAAGGCCGUUGACUCAACCUAUUCUCAUAAGGCACUCUCUCCAAUCCAGGUGUUUGUAAAAUGUAUGAAGAGCAUUUGAAGCGAAUGAAUCCAAACAGCCCAUCAAUCACAUAUGAUAUAAGCCAGCUCUUUGAUUUCAUCGAUGAUUUGGCUGACCUCAGUUGCCUUGUAUAUCGAGCAGAUACUCAGACAUACCAACCCUACAACAAGGACUGGAUCAAGGAGAAAAUCUAUGUCCUGCUGCGGAGACAAGCCCAGCAAUCAGGAAAGAGAGGAAGACCAAAACAUAUGAGUCAGAGAGGCUACCUCAGAGUGACAUCUGUCACAAAAUUGGAUGUAUAUAAAAAACCAAGGGAAGCGAGGUCCCUAAGAUGGAAGUCAAUGAAAAUCCUUGUGCAGAAUUACAUUCAAGAUGAACCCAUUGUGGACUGACGUUAAUAUCCACAUCUUGUGUCCAAAAUAUUAAAUAUCAAAUAUUAAUUGCCCAAUAAUAAAAUCUUAAAUUCAGCAGUGCCAGGCCACAAUUCUUUGGAUUUCUGCAAGUAUUUUUUACUUAGCCUCAGAUUUUUAUUUUGCUGUAUAUAUGAUGAAAUUUUAGAAUCAAUAGUAUCAAAAAAGGAUUUAGGAAUAAAGAUUGGUACCGCUUGGAAAAGAUAUAAAAAUUUAGGUAACAUCAUCAUUUUAAUAGCAUUGAUUCAACCAAUCAAUGAUAUAGAUAGUAAGGACCAUUUAGUAAGCAAUUGUUUAACCUGGUCUAUUAAAGGUGAAAAAUUGAUGUUAAAUAAAUCCUUAUGUUUUUUAGUAAUCUUAACAUCUAGAUAAGCAAAAUAAUCUGUAACCAAUCUAAAUGGUUAACAUCUAUAAAUUGGAACUUGCAUAUUUAAAGGGAAAAGUUCACUCUUAUUAAGAUUCAGUUUAUAACCAGAAAAGUCACUAAACUGAGCAAGCAAGGAUAUAACAGCAGGAAUGGAUUUCUCAGGGUUCGAAAUAUAUAACAAAUCAUCUGCAUAUAAUAAUAACUUGUGUAUCACAUUUCCAUGGGAAAUGCCAAAUAUAGAAGGUGAGUCACGAAUAGCAAUAGCUAAUGGUUCCAGGGCAAUAUCAAA